UUUAAAGUUUCUACGUCCCUGGCGGUUUCUAACCCUUCUAACGGUGCGCCGCGCGAUGCGAGAUAAUUGUCAGCGGUGUUUGCACACGCGAGAAUAAAGGACGUUGCGUUUCCAGGAAGAUCGGCGUGGCACGAGGGAGAAUUUCGAAAGUGAUCCCUCCGGGACAGCUGCCUGACGGGACCGCGGGUGAGGUUAGACGGCGCGAGAAUGUCAGCGGACGAACAGCCGGAGCAACCGGAGUUUCGACUGGGGCCGGAUCCCAAUGUCACUUAUCCUAUUCGGGUCCAGUACUGCGGGAACUGUUCGCUACCCAUCGAGUACUGCGAAUACUAUCCUGAGUACGACAAGUGCAAGCAGUGGCUGGAGAGGAAUCUGCCUACUGAAUUCGAGAAGAUUAAAUUAGCUACGGAGGAUGGCUCCACCGAAGUUAGUACGGGAGAGGACGAGAAGAAGCGGCAGAAGCGGGGCGGUAAGGGUAUGCUGAAAACCAAGAAGAAAGAGGAUAUACCGCGGCUGGUGACUAUCUCCAGAGCGCCCAGAGGAAAGAAGAAAUCCGUCACCGUCGUCACUGGCCUCAGCACUUUUGACAUCGACUUGAAGGUGGCGGCGAAGUUCUUCGGCAGUAAGUUCGCCUGUGGGUCCAGCGUGACUGGAGAAGACGAGAUUGUGAUACAGGGUGACGUCAAAGAUGAUCUGUUCGAGGUGAUACCUGAGAAAUGGCCACAAAUCGACGAGGACUCUAUAGACGAUCUUGGGGAUCAAAAGAGAUAAUAAGGCUAUCCCACUAUCACGCACGCACAAUAAUUUAAUUAUACACUAUUUCCAGUCGUGUUUAUUAUAUAAAUAAAAUAUGUACAUACACAAAAAUA